CCUCACACGUGAACCGAGGCUCCCCCCUCCUCCUCCUCCUCCUCCUCCUCUUCCUCCUCCUCCUCACUGCUAACCGUUCAGCUCCACUCUCCCUGCGCUCCAUCUCUCCGCCAGCCGCCGCACCGUCUCCUCCGGACCGGACCGCGAGUAUCAACAUUUAGAAGCAUCCGCGAAAAAAAAUAAUCUGCAAUCAUGUCCUCAGUGCUGCAGAAGCUCAUCAGCCCUCUGGCCAGCAGCCCUGCUGAGCCUCCCAGGAACAAGGUGACGGUGGUCGGGGUGGGUCAGGUGGGCAUGGCCUGCGCCGUCAGCAUCCUGCUGCGGGACCUGUGUGAUGAACUGGCUCUGGUGGAUGUGAUGGAGGAUCGUCUGAAGGGAGAGAUGAUGGACCUGCAGCACGGCAGCCUCUUCCUCAAGACCUCCAAGAUUGUCGCUGACAAAGACUACGCAGUGACAGCCAACUCUCGUCUGGUCGUGGUGACGGCCGGUGUUCGCCAGCAGGAAGGAGAGAGCCGCCUCAACCUGGUGCAGAGGAACGUCAACGUCUUCAAGUCCAUCAUUCCCCAGAUCAUCAAGUACAGCCCCAACUGCACUCUCAUUGUGGUCUCCAACCCUGUGGAUGUGCUGACCUACGUAACCUGGAAGCUGAGCGGUCUGCCCAAGCACCGUGUCAUUGGCAGCGGCACCAACCUGGACUCAGCCCGCUUCCGCUACCUGAUGGCCGAACGCCUCGGCAUCCACGCAACCUCCUUCAACGGCUGGGUGCUGGGAGAGCACGGAGACACCAGUGUGCCGGUGUGGAGCGGUGCUAACGUAGCAGGGGUCAACCUGCAGAAGCUGAAUCCUGAGAUCGGCACUGAUGCUGAUAAAGAACAGUGGAAGGCCACACACAAGGCGGUCGUGGACAGUGCCUACGAGGUGAUCAAGCUGAAGGGCUACACCAACUGGGCCAUCGGCCUGAGUGUGGCAGACCUGACCGAGAGCAUCGUCAAGAACAUGAGCCGUGUCCACCCUGUGUCCACCAUGGUCAAGGACAUGUAUGGUAUUGGUGAGGAGGUCUUCCUGUCUCUGCCCUGCGUGCUGAACAACACGGGUGUGAGCAGCGUAGUCAACAUGACCCUGACGGACGCCGAGGUGUCCCAGCUCAGGAAGAGCGCCGACACUCUGUGGGGCAUCCAGAAGGACCUGAAGGACAUCUGAACACACCUGUACACGUGACACACAGCCAUGAUGCAGAGAUGCUUGUCGACACGCACACACUCCUUUUCUAACGCCCCCCCUCUCUUUUAAUCUGUAUGGCUCUUAUUUUGAAGGACAAUACCAGUGUUUUUUCUAAAAACUGCCAGUUUUACAUGUAUGUCACACUGCUUUGUUUUCAUAUCAGUGCUGCAUCAUGUCACCAUCUACUUCCUGUCAAUCAGCCGACACCUUCAAGUGUAAAAAACACUGGUAUGCUCCUUUAGAAAAUAAGCACAUCUGCUUCCCGACAGCUCAUAGGCUGAAGUUGCUGUGUACCUGUGUUUGUGUUAGGAGAUGUAAGCUGACUUGUGUUAGUGUACUCUUUAUGGAUUCUUGUGUUUAAGCUGUUUGGAUCAAACACAACCCUCAGAGAACCAAAAUUUGACUAUCCUCCACCACUCACUGUUCUGAGUCCAGCUGUAGUUCCCCUGCAGAGCAAGCCCUGAACAAUCCUCCAGGACACUGUUUCCCUCCUGCCUUCAUCAAAAUGUGGUACUCUACAGUCUGCCUGGCAGACAGCCGGCUGUCACACUGUGACAUUGUGAGUUUGGGGGUGGAUUUUUCUUCAUCUCAGUGUUAAGGCAAAGGGAGAAGGAGCAGCAGGGAAGAGUGGAAACGUCCAGCUCAAAUUGUUUAUCCAAACAACAGUUGUGACCAUCUGACCCUGUGUUGUAAACUGUGUUGGAUACAGCAAUGUGUAACUUAAUAAAUUUGAACGUCAUGAAGGAUA